GCGGGAGCCGGAGCGGAGCCGGGGCCCGGGCCCGUGCGGGCGCAAUGGAUCCCCCGCGCGCUCCCGCUCUGCGCCGCCUGCUGCCUCCGCUGCUGCUCUUGCUGCUGCCACUGCCCCCCCGCGCCCGGGCUAAGUACGUGCGUGGCAACCUCAGCUCCAAGGAGGACUGGGUUUUCCUGACAAGAUUUUGCUUCCUCUCGGAUUAUGGCCGACUGGACUUCCGUUUCCGAUACCCAGAGGCCAAAUGCUGUCAGAACAUCCUCCUCUACUUUGAUGACCCAUCCCAGUGGCCAGCUGUAUACAAGGCAGGGGACAAGGACUGCCUGGCCAAGGAGUCAGUGAUCAGGCCGGAAAACAACCAAGUCAUCAACCUCACCACCCAGUAUGCCUGGUCAGGCUGCCAGGUGGUGUCAGAGGAGGGAAUCCGCUACUUAAGCUGCUCCAGUGGCAGAAGCUUCCGCUCAGUGCGUGAAAGAUGGUGGUACAUUGCCCUCAGCAAGUGUGGCGGAGAUGGGCUGCAACUGGAGUAUGAGAUGGUGCUCACCAACGGCAAGUCCUUCUGGACACGGCACUUCUCAGCUGACGAAUUUGGGAUCCUGGAGACAGAUGUGACUUUCCUCCUCAUCUUCAUCCUUAUCUUCUUUCUCUCCUGUUACUUUGGAUAUUUGCUGAAAGGUCGUCAGUUGCUGCACACGACUUAUAAAAUGUUCAUGGCUGCGGCAGGAGUGGAGGUCCUGAGCCUCUUGUUUUUCUGCAUCUACUGGGGUCAGUAUGCCACUGAUGGCAUUGGCAACGAGAGUCUGAAGAUCUUGGCCAAGCUGCUCUUCUCCUCCAGCUUCCUCAUUUUCCUGCUGAUGCUCAUUCUUCUGGGGAAGGGAUUCACAGUGACACGGGGCCGCAUCAGCCAUUCGGGCUCCGUGAAGUUGUCUGUGUACAUGACCCUGUACACUCUUACUCAUGUGGUGCUGCUCAUCUAUGAGGCCGAGUUCUUUGACCCAGGCCAGGUACUGUACACAUACGAGUCCCCGGCGGGCUACGGGCUCAUCGGGCUACAGGUGGCUGCAUACGUGUGGUUCUGCUAUGCUGUGCUCAUCUCCCUGCGACACUUCCCUGAGAAGCAGCCCUUUUACGUGCCCUUCUUUGCUGCCUAUACCCUCUGGUUCUUUGCAGUUCCCAUCAUGGCCCUGAUCGCCAACUUCGGGAUCCCUAAGUGGGCCCGGGAGAAGAUUGUCAAUGGCAUCCAGUUGGGGAUCCAUUUGUACGCCCAUGGUGUUUUCCUGAUCAUGACGCGUCCGUCUGCAGCCAACAAGAACUUCCCUUACCACGUGCGCACGUCUCAGAUCGCCUCAGCCGGGGCCCCGGGCCCAGGAGGGAGCCAGUCCGCGGACAAAGCCUUCCCGCAGCACGUCUAUGGCAACGUGACGUUCAUCAGCGACUCAGUGCCCAACUUCACGGAGCUCUUCUCCAUCCCCCCGCCCGCCUCCUCCGCCGGGAAGCAGGUGGAGGAGACCGCGGUGGCGGCGGCGGCGGCCCCGAGGGGCCGCGUGGUGACCAUGGCCGAGCCGGGUGCGGCCUCCCCGCCCCUUCCCGCUCGGUUCUCCAAGGCGGCUGACCCGAGCUGGGAUGGCCCGACGCCGCCCUACCAGCCGCUCGUACCCCAGACGGCGGCGCCGCACACCGGCUUCACAGAAUACUUCAGCAUGCACACGGCCGGGGGCACCGCACCCCGGGUCUGAGCCCCCCUGCUCCCUGCCACCUCCCGGUCCUCCCUUGUUCCCCCGGGCCGCGCGCAGGCCCAGGCAGGGCUACGGACCCCUGUUCUACCCCAGUCCCAGGGUUUGGCCAUUGCAGACCCUCCCGGCCCUCCCCACCUUGCGCGCCCGGGUAGGGUGCGUAGUGUCCUGCUCCCCCUUCCCCUUUUUGUGCCAAACGGUCCCGCGGGAGCCUCUCUCCCCGUCCCGUCCCUCAGCCCCUGCCCCGAGCGGCGCCGGAUUCUGGGCUCCCGCUGUUCCGUGACCUCCGGCCCCCCGGCCCCCUCCGAGACUUCUGACCCCGCGG